AUUAAAAAAUAAUUCUCUGCUCUAUGGAAAACAUGCUUCUGGGUGUUUGUGAUUUUCACGUCUUGUUUAUUUAUUUUUAUGGAAAAAAGAAAAUUUUACGCAGUUAACAAAUAUAUUUGAAUUUGUAAAUACCUACCAGCAUUAUGAAAAAUUAGCUGUAUUAUCUGACGAGUUCGCGGAUGCCAGAAAAUGUCUAAUCAGGUAGCUCAAUUUGUAGCUGGUCUGAAAUCACGAAAUGUUGAUGUACAGAUAAAAACCGCUCGUGAAUUAUAUCACUAUGCAAAGACUGAACUACGAGAGGUGCCUCAAGAGGAACUCACCCAGUUCCUUGACGAGUUUAAUCAUCAAAUUUUUGAGAUGGUCUCCAGUAACGAUGUCCAUGAAAAGAAAGGUGGAGUGUUAGCUAUUGUGUGUCUUAUUGGAGGUGACUGUGAUACAACUAAAACAAGAAUAACUAGAUUUGCUAACUACCUGAGAAAUUUGCUUCCAUCAUCUGAUGUGGGUGUUAUGGAAUUAGCUGCUAAAACUGUAGGCCGACUUGCUAUAGUAUCAGGAGUGAAGAGAGCUGAAUAUGUAGAAUUUGAGGUGAAAAGGGCAUUUGAAUGGUUAUCAGAGGAGCGAAAUGAGGGUAGACGCCAUUCUGCUGUAUUGCUACUGAAGGAACUAGCUAUAGCAGUACCUACAUAUUUUUAUCAACAAGUUUCAGGCUUCUUUGAUCAUGUACUUGUAGCAUUAAAAGACCCCAAGCCCCAAAUAAGGGAAGCAGCUGCUAAAGCCCUUAGAGCUGGUCUUGUGGUUACUGCACAAAGAGAAACGGCUAAACAAUCAACUGCUAAACCGCAGUGGUACAUGCAGUGCUAUGAGGAUGCUAUGGCAUCAUUUGAAGAUAUUCCAUUAAAAGAAAAAGGUAUAACUAGAGAAGAUAGAGUACAUGGAGGUCUACUAAUUUUGAAUGAGCUUUUAAGAUGCUCAAAUGCUACUUGGGAGAAAAAAUACACACACCUUAUGAGGAGUUUAGACACCCAGAAAGAUAUAACAGUGUCUGAUGAUAUUAUUUUCAUCAGUAGUAAACUUCAUAGUCCAUCUGUAAAAAGAGGUUAUUUGUGUGAUGGUUUUAAGACUGAAAAUGUCCAAUAUCCUGUUCCUAUUUAUGAAUCUGAGGUCUGCUGCAAACUCCUAUCUGAAAAAUUUGAAAGGAUAUGCCAAGAUGUUAUGAUGCAUCGCAUGCUGAAAAUACAAGGGGUACCCCAAAUACUACUCAUCAUUAUUCCAAGACUAGCAGCUUUCAAUAAAGAAUUCUUUUGCAAAAAAUAUUUGGGUAUCACUAUGCACUAUUUGCUGUCUUCAUUACGUGGCAGAGAAAAGGAUAAAAACAUGGCAUUCACUACGUUAGGACUUAUGGCUGCAGCAAUUGGAAAUGAUAUUCAAAACUACAUACCCAAAAUUAUGGAAGUUAUAAAACAAGCUUUACCUAUAAGAGACACACAAAGCAAAAAAAGAAUAUGGGUAGACCCAUCAAUUUUCGCUUGUAUCACUUUAUUGGGAAGUGCUGUCAAAGAUCUUGUAAUAACUGAUAUUAGAGAACUAUUAGAUGCAAUGUUUGCCACUGGCUUAAGUCCAUACUUGACUGUAUGUCUUAACGAGUUGAGCCAUAAUCUACCAUCACUCAAACAAGAAAUAUCAGAAGGACUUUUGAACAUGCUAUCACUGGUAUUAAGAAAUAAACCAUUUUUACAUCCUGGUGUUCCGAGAAGCUUAGAACAACAAAUGAGUAACAUGAAUAUUGUAAUUGAGCCACAAGACACUGCAAGCAUAGUUCUAGCAUUGCAAACUCUUGGAACAUUUCACUUUGAAGGUGAACAAAGUUUACUUAUGUUUGUUAGACGUUGUGCUGAUCACUUUCUUCAAAGUGAACAUCAGGAAAUAAGAUUAGAAGCAGUUAAAACUGCUGCGAAAUUAUUGGCAGAUGCUACUAUUAGAACUCAAAAAACGCCAUCACGUACACUCACUAUGUUGACAGCCGAGGUUAUAGGCAAAUUACUAGUCGUAGCUGUAACAGACCCAGAUUACGAAGUUCGCUACUGGGUAUUAGAAUCCCUUUAUGAUAUAUUUGAUACCCAUUUGGCUCAAAUCGAAAAUUUAAGCUUUUUAUUUAUAGCUAUGAAUGAUGAACAUCUUGAAAUUCGUGAGUUAGCCAUCUGUACUCUUGGACGUCUUAGUACUGUGAAUCCUGCAUAUGUAAUGCCAGGUUUAAGAAAAACCCUGAUUCAAUUUUUGACAGAAUUAGAACAUUCAGGAAUGAGCAGAAAUAAAGAACAAGCUGCCAGAAUGUUAGAUAACCUCAUAUUACAUGCUCCUAAACUAGUCAAACCUUAUAUGGAAACAAUAUUAAAUGUAUUAGUUCCAAAACUUAAAGAAUCUGAUUCUAACCCUGGUGUAGUUAUCAGUGUUUUAAAAGCUGUAGGAGAUUUAGCUGAUGUUCAUGGAGACAAUACUGGUCUUAAAAAAUGUUUGCCUGAACUACUUACAAUUCUUCUAGAGUUGUUGUCUGAUGCCAGUGCCACAGAGAAAAGAAGUGUUGCACUGUGGGCCUUUGGUCAGCUUAUAAGUGCUACAGGUCAUGUUGUUACUCCAUAUACUGAGUUCCCAAAUCUUAUGGAUGUUCUAUUGAAUUUUUUGAAAACAGAACAACAACCAAAGGAUAGGCGUGAGACCAUACGUGUCUUGGGUCUAUUAGGCGCUUUAGAUCCGUAUAAGCAUAAAAUGACUAGAGGAUUAUGGAUUGACGGACAACCAGACUCCAGUUUAGUACCUGUAGCUGAUAGUAAAGCGGAAGAAAACAAUUUUGAUAUGACCACAAGUGAAAUGCUAGUCAAUAUGUCAUCGCCUGUGCUAGAUGAAUAUUAUCCAGCGAUUGUGAUAUCGACACUUAUGCGUAUAUUGCGAGACCCGACACUACAGCAGCAUCAUACUAGUGUUGUCCAAGCCGUCACUGUUAUAUUUCAAUCUCUUGGUAUAAAAUGUGUACCGUAUAUUUCACGGGUCACACCAAGUCUUCUCUACGUAGCUCGGGCCACUGACAGCAAUAGUUUCCGCGAAUUUCUCUUCACGCAGCUGGCGAAACUGAUUGCAAUUGUGAAACAACAUAUUCGGAAUUAUCUUGACAAAAUCUUUGACCUUAUAAAAGAAUUUUGGACACCAAACAGCCCUUUGCAACAUACAUUGAUACUGUUAGUGGAACAUAUUGCUGUGGCAUUGGGUUCGGAAUUCAAAGUAUACCUACCGCAGUUGAUGCCACAAAUAUUACGUGUUCUUGCUCACGACACGAGCAAAGAUAGGUUCGUAACAGAAAAGCUAUUAUAUGCCUUGCAGAAAUUUGAAGAUAAUUUGGAUGACUAUAUGCAUUUAGUAAUACCAUCAAUAGUAAAAUUAUUUGAUGCAACCGACUGUCCUAUUAAUGUAGCGAAGGUCGCUAUGGAGACAGUAGACUAUCUGUCUGAUUCAUUAAAUUAUAGCGAAUUAGUCUCGAGAAUUAUACAUCCUUUGGUGAGAAGUCUAGACACCUGUCCAUCUUUAAGAACUACAGCUAUGGAUACAUUGUGCGCUUUAAUUGUGCAAUUGGGUCGCAAAUACAAUGACUUUAUACCUUUAGUGCAAAAAGUAAUUAUAAAACAUCGAAUUCAACAUCAGAACUAUGAACAAAUAUUAGCUAAAUUGCAAUCAAGUCAAACACUUGCCCUUGAUGAAUUCUUACAAAGCAGUAGGCGGAAACCAAGAAACAAUAACCAGGAGGCACGGUACGUUCUGUGUGAUUCUACGACAUCGAUCCGAAAGCUGUGUGUAAACGCUCACAACUUAAAGUUGGCGUGGACAGUGAGCAGCCGCGUGUCCAAGGACGACUGGCUCGAGUGGCUGCGCCGGUUCAGCAUCGGCCUGCUGACGGAGUCGCAUAGCCCCGCACUAAGGGCGUGCCUGGCGUUGGCGCACAACUACUCGCAGCUGCUGCGCGACCUGUUCAACGCGGCGUUCGUGUCGUGCUGGAGCGAGCUGGACGAGGCGUGGCGCGCCGAGCUGGCGGCGGCGCUGCAGCAGGCGCUCACGGCGCCCGCCGCGCCCGAGCUGGCGCACGCCGUGCUCAACCUCGCCGAGUUCAUGGAGCACUGCGACGGCGGCGCGCUGCCCAUCUCCGCGCACCUGCUCGGCGAGCGCGCCAUGCACUGCCGCGCCUACGCGAAGGCCUUGCACUACAAGGAAGAAGAAUUUAGGAACGGGGCAACAUCUCAAGUCGUAGAGGCUCUGAUCCACAUAAAUAACAAAUUACAGCAGAAAGAAGCGGCGGAGGGAUUGCUCGAAAGGGUAAUGGCUCAGCGUGAAGCAGGAGAUGCCGAUUUAAAAGUACAAAUACGAUGGUAUGAGAAAUUACAUAAUUGGGAGAAAGCUCUAAAUUUGUAUGGUGAAAAGCUAGCUGUGGAACCUAAUAAUAUGGAUGCCUAUCUGGGUGAAUUACGGUGUUACGAAGCUCUAGGCGAAUGGAUUAAAUUAUAUAAUACGGUAUCCGAACGCUGGCCGAAUAUGAGUAACGAUGAGAAAUUCAAAACUGCAAGACUAGCAGCAGCCGCCGCUUGGGGCCUGAAAGAAUGGGAGUCAAUGUCCAAAUAUGUAAACUUUUUACCAGAGAAUACCCAGGAUGGAGCUUUCUUUAGAGCUGUUCUCAGUAUUCAUAAUGCUGAAUUUGAUUUGUCUAAACAAUUUAUACACCAGGCCCGUACAUUACUAGAUUCCGAAUUAACUGCCGUGGCCGGAGAAAGCUACCAGAGAGCUUACGGAGCUCUAGUCAAUGCUCAGCUUUUAGCUGAAUUGGAGGAAGUGAUCACUUAUAAAUUAGUAAGUGAAAGGCGAGAAUCCAUUCGUCACGCUUGGUGGACAAGACUUCAGGGUGGACAAAGACUAGUUGAAGAUUGGCGUAAAAUACUUCAGGUUCGAGGUUUAGUGUUAACUCCUCAGGAGGAUAUGACGACUUGGCUUAAAUUUGCUUCACUUUGCAGAAAAAGUGGUGCUCCAGGACAAGCUCAUAGAACCUUAGUCAUGUUAUUAGGAAUAGAUCCAAGUCAAAAUAGAGAUAAACCCCUUCCGACUCAUGAGCCGAGAUUGACCCUCGCAUACGCAAAGCAUUUGUGGGCGGCAGGAGAUAGGCAGCUGGCGUAUGACCAGUUACAACGUUAUGUAAACGCAAUGGCGUAUAGUGAAGCAGAACGUCGAUUAGUUGCUCGUUGUCAUUUGAAAUUAGGAUCUUGGUGUGAGUCUUUGCUUGGAAUCAAUAAUCAGUCUAUACCAGAAAUCCUACGCAACUAUGAGUCGGCUACUGAAUUAGCACCUGAUUGGUACAAAGCUUGGCACGCAUGGGCCUAUAUGAACUUUGAAACAGUUUUGUUCUAUAAACAUCAAGAGACAAAUGCAGACAAUGCAAAUCAAGGAGAAAAGAAACCAACGCCGGAAUGUAUUCAACAGCACACUGUUCCAGCAGUGGAGGGUUUCUUUAAGUCAAUCAAUCUAUCUCAUGGUAGUUCUCUUCAAGACACACUAAGAUUAUUGACAUUGUGGUUUGAUUAUGGCCAUUACUCUGCUGUGCACGAAGCACUUGUAGAGGGUAUCAGAACCAUCGAAAUUAACGUUUGGCUACAAGUUAUACCGCAGCUGAUAGCUAGAAUUGAUACUCCGAGGGCUUUAGUGGGGAAGUUGAUUCACUCAUUGUUGAUAGAUAUAGGUAAAUCGCACCCUCAAGCCCUCGUUUAUCCACUUACUGUAGCUUCGAAGUCUUCCUUCGUGGCUCGUAAGAAUGCGGCUAAUCAAAUUUUGAAAUCAAUGUGUACUCAUUCGAGCAACCUAGUCAACCAGGCCGCUAUGAUAUCUGAGGAGUUGAUCAGAGUGGCCAUAUUAUGGCAUGAACAAUGGUAUGAAGCAUUGGAGGAAGCUUCCAGAUUAUAUUUCAGUGAGCGUGAUGUAAAGGCGAUGUUCAAAACACUAGAACCUCUACAUGCAAUGCUGGAAAGGGGUCCGCAGACACUGAAAGAAGUAUCAUUCAGUCAGGCUUAUGGGAGAGACCUCAGCGAUGCACAAGAGUGGUGCAAUCGAUUCAAGGAGUCGGGCUCAGUACGGGACCUGACGCAAGCGUGGGACCUGUACUACCACGUGUUCCGUCGCAUCAACCGACAGCUGCCGCAACUGACGUCGCUGGAGCUGCAGUACGUGAGCCCGCGGCUGCUCGGAUGCCGCGACCUGGAGCUCGCGGUGCCCGGCUCCUACGUGCCCGACACGGACCUCAUUCGCAUCGCCCACAUACAGAGCAGCCUACAGGUAAUAACAUCAAAACAACGUCCUCGCCGACUAUGCAUCCGCGGUUCGAACGGCAAAGACUACAUGUUCCUCCUGAAGGGCCACGAGGACCUCCGCCAGGACGAGCGGGUGAUGCAGCUGUUCGGCCUCGUCAACACACUGUUACAGGCCGACCCAGACACCUUCCGCCGUGACCUCGCCAUACAACGAUACGCCGUCAUACCGCUGUCCACCAACUCGGGCCUUAUCGGAUGGGUGCCCCACUGCGACACGUUGCAUUCACUAAUAAGAGAUUAUAGAGACAAAAGAAAAUGUCUGCUUAAUAUUGAGCAUAAGAUCAUGCAACGAAUGGCAUCGGAUUUGGAUAGAUUGAUGUUGAUGCAAAAGGUGGAAGUUUUUGAACACGCACUGGAGCAUACGGCUGGCGACGAUUUAGCAAAAUUACUGUGGCUGAAGAGUCCUUCCUCUGAGGCAUGGUUCGAGCGGCGCACCAAUUACACACGCUCUCUGGCCGUCAUGAGCAUGGUGGGAUACAUCCUUGGCCUCGGAGACAGACACCCAUCCAACAUCAUGCUCGACAGAGUCACUGGAAAAUUCCUACAUAUUGACUUCGGAGAUUGUUUCGAAGUGGCCGUAACUAGAGACAAAUUCCCAGAGAAAAUACCAUUUAGACUUACAAGGAUGCUUAUCAAUGCUAUGGAGGUGACGGGCAUCGAAGGAACGUACCGACGUACAUGCGAGUCAGUCAUGGAGGUCCUGCAUCGGCACAAAGACAGCGUAAUGGCUGUACUGGAGGCAUUCGUGUACGACCCCUUACUCAACUGGCGACUGAUAGACGCAGUCCGCCGGUCGCGGGCCGAUGCGGACGCGUCGUCGUCGGACGCGGCCGGCUCACCCCCCAGCCGCGGGCGAGUGCCCCUCACACCACUUGCCCCAUUAACCGAUACUGUUGACCCCCCUGACCCACCCGCUGAGACGAACCUUAACAAGCGUGCGCUGGCUAUUGUCAAUCGAGUUAGAGACAAGCUCACCGGCCGCGACUUCCCCCACAUCGACGAAGUUGUCUCUGUGCAGAAACAAGUGGACCUCUUGAUCCAGCAGGCUACCAGUAACGAAAAUCUCUGCCAGUGCUACGUCGGAUGGUGUCCAUUCUGGUAGUUGCUCGUGACUGCGAUUUCAUAUAUCUUUUUUUAAAUAAAUAUGCAUGUGUAGUUAUAGUAAGUAUGUAACUGUAUAGUUGUAACAUGAUAGUCUAACGUUUGACCGUUGUCAAUAUCGCCGUAAAACUGCCAAAAAGUGGAAGUUCUCAAUUUGGCUCUGUUUUUUUUUUAUGUAUUACGCUAUAUUUUCACGAAAUGUCCUUUUAUCCUAAUAUAUAAUUCCUUUAGCCUCAUACCAAUUCUAUGAAAAGGAUUUUCUUUUUAUGAAAAAAUAUAAAUCAUGCAUAGUAACAAAAAAUCUCGCAUCACAUUUGAUGGAAAGAUGUUUUCACAAUUAUAUAUUUAAAUAUACAUACGGAUAAUACUAUAAUUUGUAACCUAUCAAAAAAUACAUCUGGUAUAUUAUGAAUGUUAUGGUAAUAUAAAAUUGUGAUAUACAGGCAAGGUCUAAUUAUAAUGUAAUAAGAUAUAAAUUGCCAUACUAUUUAUAAUUUUUAAGUUAAUUCUAUUAAAUGAAAUGUAUUCUUUAGGCCACUUCCAGAUUUAUUGAUGUGGUACAGCAUUAUUUUACUCAGACUAGCUCUGUACUUACAGAGCAAGUUGGAAGUACAAAAUAGCUUACCAAAUAAAACUAUAUUGUACCAUUAAAUGGGAAAGCGGCCUUAGUAUAUUAAGUUUUUUUUUUUUUAUUUGUAAUAUUUCAAUAAUGAGCAAAUAAUUAUUUCAAUAUGCAUAGAGUAUGAUUAUAUAAUCAAGCCUUUUUUGUGCAAAAAAUAUGCUUAUAAAUUUUCGUACUAUGUAAUCGAUAAAUGAAAUAUUAUAAUUCUAUUUCACAAUGGCCAGGCGAUGUGGUGUAGAAUUUUAAUGUACAGUAAUCCACCCUAUAACACUGAAGAUUCGUUCCGCGUUGUACGAAUAUUCUCGUAUAACGCGCUUGUACGACCUCAUGUGUGUUAUGUACGAAUAUGUACAAACAUGUGUAAUGUACAAAUAGUUCACGUUUCACUUUUCUCGUUAAAGUGGUUUUAAAUUGAAUAUUAAGAAAAAACUAUGAUGUUAUGGACGCUAUAUGUGUGUUUUAUUAAAAUCAAAUUAUAAACAUUAUAAAUAAAAAGCAUAUGUAUAUUUAACUAAAAACAGUUAUUUUUCAAACAAAUUAACAGUUUUAUUACAUGUUUAUUUGGUGUCGGAGCUAUCCGAAAUAACUUUCCACCGACAUAUUUUUUUAAUAAAAUAUUCAAUACCCGCGAGAGGAAUACCCGUUUUAUACGAGGGAUUGAAAACGCGUUAUAAGAGUACCGUGUUAUAGGGGGGAUUACUGUAUUACGCUUUGUUUCUUUAAUUGCCUUUAACGACAUCCUUGGUGUGAAAAGUAGGAUAAUGAAUAAAUAUAAUAUUUGCAUAUUUUUCCUGUAUAUAAUGUGACAGCAAUGGACGACUAUUUCAUUUGUUUUGUUAAAUAUUUUUGUUGUGAGUGUAUGUCAAUAAAAUAUAAGCUGGAGAGGAGAAUAAUGAAAAUGUAUAAUUAAUUUAAUUAUUUUCCGACAUUACACUACUAUUAUGUUCCUAAUAAAUGAACUAUUUCGUUAA